CCUCGGGGUGCUGCCCUUCUUCCAUCAUCACAGUGGACGAACAAGUGGAGAAAUCAUGAAUCACCAGUGAGGGCCUUACAUUGAAGCCUUUAUUGUUGGUUGUAGAUAGCUUAGUUGCUGUCUCCAUUAGCUCCUGUAGCGUUUUUGAAACGGAAGCUAGGACAACGAGUUACAUUUUUUUUUAAUAAUACAACAGAACUGUUCGUUUAUUUUGUGUGUGUGUGUGUGUGGCUUCAGCGUCAGCUAGCUAAACCAACUAGCCUCAGUUAAACUUGCACUUUUUUGUGUACUAUGGCCGACAACGGGGCGCAUCUGGCCGAGGAGGAUCCUGCGGCGGCUUUCCUGGCCCAACAGGAAAGUGAGAUUGCGGGGAUCGAGAAUGACGGAGAAGGGUUCGGGGCGCUGGAAGGAGCGGACGACGUGCAGCCUUCUCAGACUGCAAACUAUGACUUUGAAGAGGAGCCUGCGACGGUGAACGGAGACCUGUUCCAGGAGUCUAAUGGCCCAACAGACAGCUAUGCAGCCAUCGCCCAGGUGGACAUUCAGAGGCAGGAACCAGAAAGUUUGCGCAAGUGGAAGGAGGAGCAGAAGGCUCGCCUCGAAGCAUUAGACUCGGCUUCCAAGGCAGCAGAGGCAGAGUGGAGAGAGAAGGCCAAGAAGGAGCUGGAGGACUGGCAUGUCCACCAAAACGAGCAGAUGGAGAAGAAUAAGGCCAACAACAGACUCUGUCCAAGUCUGGCACGGAUUGCUGACAAGGCUUUCUACAAACAGCCCAACUCUGAUGUUAUAGGCUUUGUAGCGUCCGAGGAGGCCUUCCUGGCAGAGACCGACGGCGACAGCCCGGGAUCCGAGUGGGAACGAGUGGCGCGCCUGUGCGACUUCAAUCCCAAAACCAGCAAGCAGGCGAAGGAUGUCUCCCGAAUGCGCUCCGUUCUCAUCUCUCUAAAACAGACACCUUUAGUCCGCUAGCCGGAGCACUUCGGAGAAUGUCCUCGGCAACAUCGCCUUUUCGGUUUUAGCGACACGUUGUAUCCGAAUGAUUUUAGUUCCUUUUCCAAAAGAAUUCCCUGACAUGUUAAAAACCUUUUAAAACUUCCUGCCUUUCUUGAUGCCUAUAUAUUGAUAUACUUAACCUGAGGCUGCUGUGAGAAGACGGACUGCUCUGUUACACCUUUCUAGUGUCUGCUUUAAUGUCACUAUACUGAAGAAAAUACUGUUACUGUAAGUAAAUGGUCACCCCCCCUUUAACUUAUAAUUUUUAGGUCAACUUUGUUUCUACCAAUAUUUUUGAAUGCCUAGUUUUUAUUCAUUCUUUAAAUUAACAUUUUGGUCAGAGACUUACUAAAUGCAAACUAGAUUGUA